AUGGAGAACCCCCCUCUGCUAAAACUCAUCUCACUCGCUCUACUACUAAUAGCCUGGUUUCCCCCGGCCAUGGCAGUGCCGCCAUCACUGCAAGAACAAGCAGGGGCCCUUCUCGCCUGGAAAGCCACACUACGAAGCCACCCAGCCCAGCUUCAAUCGUGGGCAAGGCGAAACAACACUGUGUGGCCGUGCAGCUGGUACGGCAUCAGGUGCAGCAAGCAUCAACCAAGGCACCAAGAGGUGAUCACCGAGAUCUCUCUACGGGGGCUGCGGCUGAGAGGGGAGCUGAACGCCCUAAACUUCACGGCGUUGCGUACUCUGUCGAGUAUCCAACUCUCCCACAAUCAGAUAAGGGGCUUCUUUCCACCUUCUUUAGCAUCAUCCUUGCCAAACCUUCAACACCUAAUGCUUCAGGAGAAUCAACUCUCUGGUGAAAUACCAUGGCAAAUAGAACAAUUACAGAAUCUCGUUGGACUGGAUUUAUCAGCAAAUCACUUGUCUAGCACCAUCCCCAGUGUACUAGGCUACCUAAAGAAACUACUUAGGGUAGAUUUAUCCAACAACAACCUCACAGGUCCCAUCCCAAGAAGUUUAGGAAACUGCACUAAGCUCACUACCUUAUACCUUUCUGGUAAUCAAUUAUCUGGGCUUCUUCCUCUAGAACUAGGUUACCUAGCGAAUUUACAAGAGUUGGAUCUUAGCAACAACAAACUUGUCGGUUCCAUCCCCAGUGUACUAGGGAAUUGUACUGAGCUCACUAUAUUAUACCUUUAUGGUUGUCAAUUAUCUGGAUAUCUUCCUCGAGAACUAGGUUACCAGUCAAAUUUACAAGAGAUGGAUUUAUCUAGCAACAACCUCACUGGCCCCAUUCCAACUAAUUUCGGGAAUUUAACAAAGCUCACUUUCUUGCUCCUUGGUCGUAAUCAACUAUCCAGAUACAUUCCUCGAGAAUUAGGUUACCUGCUAAAUUUACAAGAGUUGGCUCUUGAGAAAAACAACCUCAUUGGUUCCAUCCCCAAUACCUUUGGGCGUCUCAUUAACCUCAAUGGCUUGUACCUUUGGGGUAACAAACUUUUCGAGCAUAUUCCUCAAGAGCUAGGUAACCUAGUGAAUCUACAAGAUUUGGAACUUAGUGAUAACCAACUCAUUGGUUCUAUCCCAAGUACCUUUGGAAAUCUAACUAAGCUCACUAUCUUGUACCUUGAUGGCAAUAAGUUCACCAACUUUCUUCCCCGAGAACUAGGCUACCUAGUGAAUUUAGAAGAUUUGGAACUUAGCAGGAACCAACUCAUCGGUUCCAUCCCCAAUGUCUUUGGAAAUUUUACCAAGCUCACUAUCUUGUACCUCUAUGAUAACCAGUUCACCGGAUAUCUUCCUCGAGAACUAGGUUACCUAAUGAAUCUACAAGAUUUGGAGCUACACAACAACAAACUCAUGGGUUCCAUCCCCAAUAUAUUUGGAAAUUUAACUAAGCUCACUCGCUUGAACCUCAAUGAAAAUCAAUUCUCUGGACAUGUUCCUCAAGAAAUUGGUUCCUCAAGCGAUCUUGUGGCACUACACUUGGAGAGUAACAAUAUCUCUGGUCCCUUACCACCUGAGUUGUGCUCCGGAGGCCGGCUAAAGAAUUUAACUGCAUUUGAUAACAACCUAAAUGGACCUCUGCCGUCAAGUUUGGUACACUGCACAAGCCUAGUUAGAGUUCGUCUUGAAAGGAAUCAAAUAGAAGGAGAUAUUUCUGAGUUGGGAGCUUAUCCAAAUCUGGUGUACAUGGAUAUGAGCUCGAAUAAAAUAUUUGGCCAAUUAUCUUAUCGUUGGGGGGAGUGUCGUAGUCUUACUAUGCUACGCCUCUCAAACAACAACCUCACGGGCAAAAUACCCAUAAGUAUGGGGCAAGUGUCUCAGCUAGGGCUACUUGAUCUUUCAUCAAACAAGCUUGAAGGAGAGAUUCCAAGUGCACUAGGCAAUCUAAAAAAAUUGUUCAACUUGAGCCUCGUAGACAAUUUGCUGCAUGGAAGCAUACCACAAGAAAUUGGGGCACUGUCCAGUCUAGAGCUGCUAGAUUUGUCAUCAAAUAGCCUAAGUGGCUUGGUACAAGGACCAAUUGAGAAUUAUGUAAAGCUUCGCUCGUUGAAUUUGAGACGCAAUAACUUCAAAGGGAAGAUCCCUACCAUUCUAGGGGUGUUGCACAACUUACACAUGUUGGAUUUAAGUGAUAAUUCAUUUUCUGGGGCAAUACCAAGCCAACUAAGUGGCCUGAUUAUGCUAGAUACUUUGAAUCUUUCACACAAUGAACUUAAUGGAUCCAUCCCGUCAUCAUUUCAGAGUACGGAAAGCUUGAUAUCCAUUGAUGUAUCUUAUAAUGAAUUAGAAGGGCCAGUCCCAGAGAGUAAGCUAUUCCAAGGAGCACCAAUCAAGUGUUUUAUGCAUAAUAAGAUGCUAUGUGGUGUAGUGAAAGGAUUGCCUCCCUGUAGUAGUGCCCCACAGACCCAAGGGAAAAGGAAAGUAUACAAAACACUUUUACUAGCCAUGGUUCCUGCUCUGGUAUCUCUUGUUCUUGUUGCCGCAGUAUUGAUCUUCAGACAUGGAAGGAAGAAAUCCAAGGCAAUUAACACCGAUAAAGUAGAAGAACAAAAAGUCUUCUCUAUUUGGAGUUUUGAUGGGGCAAACGUGUUCAAGCAAAUCACUGAAGCAACUGACAAUUUUAGCGAGGUACAUUGCAUAGGAACCGGGGGAUAUGGAUCCGUCUAUAAAGCUAUACUUGCAACAAGCGAAAUAUUUGCAGUGAAGAAGAUACACAUGAUAGAAGAUGAGUGUUGCAUUAACGAGUCAGUUUUCAAUCGUGAAAUCACUGCAUUGGUGCAGAUUCGGCAUCGAAACAUCGUAAAACUAUUUGGGUAUUGUUCCUGCAGCCAAGGCAGGUUUCUUAUAUAUGAAUAUAUGGGGAGAGGAGACUUGGCAGAAACACUUAGAACCAAUGUAAGGGCAAUUGAAUUGGGCUGGACAAGGCGGAUACAUAUAGUUUUGGACGUGGUUCAAGCGUUGUCAUACAUGCAUCAUGAUUGUUCGUCACCAAUAGUCCACAGAGAUAUAACAAGCAGCAACAUUUUGCUUGAUCUUGAAUUUAGAGCUUGCAUCUCUGACUUCGGUACGGCUAAAGUUCUCAGUAUUCAUGGUCAGAAUCACACAAGGAUUGCUGGGACAAAAGGCUAUCUUGCUCCAGAGCUAGCAUAUACAGAGAAUGUGACGGAGAAAUGCGAUGUAUAUAGCUUCGGGGUGCUUGUUCUGGAGCUAUUUAUGGGAUUCCAUCCUGGCGAUUUGCUGUCAUCCCUCUCGCUGACAACCAAGAGAAAUGUACGCCUCAGCGGUCUGUUGGACUCUAGGCUCGAGCUCCCAGGUGCUGAAACCGCUGGAGAAAUAUACAAUGUGCUUAGUGUUGCCCUAAAGUGCAUGGAGCCUAACCCAUCAUGCAGACCAACGGCACGAUGUGCCACUGAUGAGCUAUCUGCUAUCACUAAAACAUGUGAAGAUCAUGUUGAUUAUCUACAAGCUGAUCUCACCAUUCCGGUACAGUAG